AAAAAUUAUUUCAAUUAAUAAGCUUUGUUACAUACAUACAAAUUUACUUUAUAUUUUACUUAACAUUAUAAACAUUUUUUUUUUCCUUAUAUAUCCAAGAAUUAAUGAUUUAAAGAUUAAAUCUUCUUAAUUAGUAGAUUUUUAAUAAAUAUUAUAACUCUUAUACUUAUCUAAAAAUGAAAAAUGUACAAGUGAAGAAUAACUGAGACGUAUGUAAUUAGUACAACUAUCUGGUAUACUUUAUAAUCUUACGAUCGAAAGGUAAGCACACAUGAUAAAUCGUGUGUGCACUUAAUAUUCUUUGUGCGGGCCAACUUAACAUAGCGGAAGUGUUACACUUGCAGCUGUGACCAAAACCUUUCAGUUACGCAAUGGCGAAAGCAAUACGGUGGUACAGAAAAAUUAUUGACCAUUUAAAUAUUAAAUAUUUGAUUUUGUGUAACUUUAAUAAAAAAUUAAUGAAUGUCGUAUUUAACUACAUUGUUUAUAAAAAAAAGAAUACCGUUUGAAAAUGCGAGGGUAAACGAUACUACAGAAGAAAAUUUAUAAAACUGAACUUUUUAUUGAUUUUGUUUACCUUUCAUCGAUUUAAAAAUUAAAGAUUUUUAUUUUUAAACAAAAAUUUUUGCGUAACUAUUAAUUAUAAUACGGUCAUUUGAGGAUACGAAAAUAGUUCAAAAUGAGAGCGAAACUUUUCCUGUCUCGUAUGAUACACGUCACGUACACUCAUUUCAAACUGUUUGCAAUUCAACAAGGGAUGCGACACACGUUUCACCAAUGACCACCCUGUCGUUCCUAUAAAUACGAUUGUCAGAACUCAGUCGAAUGUCAGUCCUCUUCUAAACACAUCUGUGAGAUCAUAGAAUUACAUUCAAGUAAAAAAACAUGGCUAUCAAGUUGAUCCUUGUCGUCAUGGCAGCUGGAAUGUUUGCUCUAUGCAACGGAGGAGCUAUUCCAGUACCUAUUGCUCCUAUAGCUCCAGCAACGGAUUAUGAUCCUCAUCCGCAAUACACUUACACUUACGAUGUAAGCGAUAGCUUGACCGGUGAUUCGAAAAGUCAACACGAGAGCAGAAAUGGUGACGUUGUUAGUGGCAGUUACAGCUUAAUCGAAGCUGAUGGUACCAGACGAAUUGUCGAAUACACGGCUGAUCCAAUUAAUGGAUUCAAUGCUGUCGUCCACAGGGAACCUAUAGCUCUUAUCAAACCGAUCGUUCCUGUUGCUCCUGUUGCUCCCAUUGCCUACCGUCAUUAACUAUAACUAUUCUAGAUACAAAUAUAACUGAUAACAUUAUUUCUCCAUACAACUAGUCACACUUAUCUCUGCAUAUCUCCUCGGUUCAUAUUUUCUUUGUUCAACUUAAUGAAGAUACGAAGUUUGCUAUAAAUACUGCAAAUGCUUGCCAUGAAUCAUCGUGAUGUUCUUUAUAAGUAAAUCGCAAUGAAGAUGUUAUAUACUGCAUGAAAAUUUAUUCAAUAUUUUAUAGAAGCUUCGAGAUUUUAAACUG